AUGAUUAACGCUAAGAAGCUCUUGGAGAUGACCCCUAAAUGGCAGAGGCAGUCCUCUCAUGGGAGGCGACAACAAUGGAAGUCGGAUCCAGAGGAGGUACUGGCCGAUUUGGGUCACUUUGUCAUUUAUACAAUAGAUGAAGGCCGAUUCAUGAUCCCGUUGGCCUAUUUGAACCGUCCAAUCUUCAGGGAGUUACUUUUGACGGCCGAAGAAGAGUUUGGAUUCACAAGAUGCGGUCCACUAAAGGUUCCUUGCGAGGCGUUUGUUAUGGAGUACAUAAUUUCCCUAUUGAACAGAAAUCCCCCAAUUGAAGUGGAGAAGGCAUUGAUUUCUGUAACCACUUGCAGAGCCUCAAUACCUUCUCUUGCCCUUCUUCAAACUGCCCCUGAUCAUAGCAUUCACCCAAGCUUUUGA